CUCUCAAGCAAGAACCCACCCUACCUUAGGCUUACACGCUGCCGCCAGUGUCUCCGCAUCGGACGAGUUCUCAAAAACCCCCUUUCCAUCAGGGACCGCAUGCACAGCCACAUUUUCCCUGGCUUCCGGGUUAUCACGUCACCUUGUCGAGCUUGUUCAUCCCAUCGUCCGAACUCGCAAGUCAUCGACUGAACACAAGACGCUUCGGUCAGCACAUUCUUGAAGUCUGCCAUGAAGCCAUGACACCGGGGCGAGCCCAGUUCUGGCCGGCGGUCCGUUAUGGGUCGAGGGUAUCAUCUUCGACGCCGGCAACAUGCGUUCUCAGGCACCGGUUGUCUGCCACUGCGGCGAUAGAUCAAAGAAGGCGUCCGGUUCGGCGAUGGGAGAGCACCUCAACCAGUGCAGGAAGUGUGGGCAGCGACAAGACCGGGCAUAUCGAGGCCAAGCCCAAUGAGGCGAUCCUCUUCGUUGACAACCUCUUUCCCCUCAAGCUCAGCUCGGUAUUGUUUUGGAGGCCAUGGGAGACCACCGAGCUCCUCAGGCGGUUUGACAGCGCGUCCAUGAGCUUUCUCGAUCCCAUCAGCCUUGUCAAGCGGGCAAUUCCCGAGAGCAGUCCGAUCAAGGUCACCGAGAUCUUACCGCGGCUGAAGGAAGGCGGAGCCUACGUCAAGUUCAACUAUCCUGCUACCAUGUCGGCUGCGCAAAUCGAAGAUGAAUUGGUCAAGUCUCUCGACCAGAACCCCAUCAAGCCGUGGUUCAACCCCUUUCGCGGGAUCAAGACGCGUCUCGUAUUAGGCCGCCCCUGGCUCGAGGACCUCUAUCGUCUCCCAAAGACCCGCCUCAGGAUUGAGUUUGUUCCCGCCAAAGACUCGGACCCACCCCCCGAGCUGUCACAGGAGUCCUUGUACAGCCUGUUCCGCCGCUACGGCAAGAUCAGCGACAUCACUUCUCAGCCUCCAGACUCCAAGAUACUCCCAAAAUUUGCAUAUGUCGACUUUGUUUUGGUCCGCGACGCAAUCAUGGCGAGGAAUUGUAUGCACGGCUUCGUCCUCCAAGAGGAGGGCACCAAGAGUGCGACCCGGCUCCGGCUAUCUUUCGAGCACCGAGUGAAGCCCCAUCACAUCUGGAACUGGAUCACCAGCCACCCGAGGAUUGUCAUUCCCAUCGUUGCUGCCUUUUUAGCAGCCUUCACUGUCGCCGUGUUCGACCCCAUCCGCGAGUUCUUUGUCAAGAUCCAUGUACAAAAGUCUCUCGAGUUCACUAAUAGCAAGCUGUAUAAAUGGUUGAAGCGCCAAACCUCAGACAUCCUUGCCUUCCGCAAACACAAGAACGACGAUGCUGGCCUCAAUGCUUUGUUCAAACACCGCAAGGAUCUGAUCGACUCGAUCGAGAACAGCCUGCUUGAAUCCGUCAACACAUUCAUCGUCGUCCACGGUCCACGCGGUUCCGGCGGCCGAGAGCUCGUCAUGGAGCAGGUGCUCCAGGGGCGCCCCGAUGUUCUCGUGCUGGACUGCAGGCCGGUCGUGGAAGGACGGGGCGAGGCAGGCACCAUCAAAAAGCUGGCAAACCAAGUUGGCUACCGCCCUGUCUUCUCGUGGACCAACAACAUGAGCAGCAUGCUCGAUCUCGCCAUACAAGGCACCACGGGGGUCAAGGCUGGCUUCUCGGAGAACCUCGAGUCCCAAAUCGUCAAGAUUCUGCAGACCACCGCCUCGGCCCUCAAGCAGGUCUCGCUAGACGGCCGAAAGAAAAGCGACAAGGACGCCAAUCUCACAGACGAUGCGUACCUGGAGGCUCACCCUGAACGGCGGCCCGUUGUCAUCAUCGAUAAUUUUCUACACAAAGGCGAUGAAAAAGCUAUAAUAUACGAUAAGAUAUCCGACUGGGCUGCUGCCCUGGUGCAAUCCAACAUUGCCCACGUCAUCUUUUUGACUAACGACACGUCCUUCUCCAAGCCUCUCUCAAAGUCACUCCCAGACCGCGUCUUCCACCAAGUUACCUUGGGUGACCUGUCACCUAGCGUGGCAAAGCACUUUGUCAUCUCACAGCUUGAACCAGACAAGAAGGAAUCCGAUGAGGCGGACGACAACUUGCCAACCCUGACCGAGAAGCAACGCCGCCAAGACCUCCAAGAGCUCGACGAGUGCAUCGAAGCCCUCGGCGGCCGCCUGACCGACCUGCAAGUUCUCGCGCGCCGACUCAAGGUCGGCCAAUCCCCUAAGAAGGCUGUCUCGGACAUCAUCGACCAGAGCGCCGCCGAGAUCCUGCGCAUGUUCCUCCUCGGCGGCAACAACAAUAACAACAACAAGGGCGCUGCGGGUGAAGGCGACAAGAAGUGGUCGACGGAGCAGGCCUGGUACUUGAUCAAGGAGCUCGCCGCCAGGGAAACCCUCCGGUACAACGAGGUUUUACUCUCCAACACCUUCGCGUCGUCCACCACGCCGGGCGCCAACAGCGCCGAGGCUGCUAUCGAGAGCCUUGCUAACGCGGAACUGAUCACCGUGAAAUCGGUUCACGGCCGGCCCGCCACCAUCCGCGCUGGUAAGCCUGUGUAUCAGGCGGCUUUUGCUAGUCUUGUUGAGGAUGCGGUGGUGAGGGCGCGGAUGGAUUUGGCGCUGCUCUCAGAGCUGGCAAAGAUCGAGGCCAAGAACAUUGACAGGGCUGAGACGGAAUUGAGUGUCCUUGCGGCGCUGCCGUCGCAGCCGUACCAGGCUGCCGAGAGGGUGAAUUAUUUGUUAGCGAAGCUGCAGGCUAGCCAGCAGAAGAUUGUGGCGUAUGAGAAGGAGAUGGAGGGGUUGAAGAAGGUGCUGGCUGAGGAGUCUUGAGGAGGGGAAUGAGCGGUUUGAAUGUCUAUCGUACGUUUGCAGCGCUUCAUAUGGGUUGAUGAUGUGUGCCAUGGUUGAUGGUUCUCUCGUGAGGCAUUGCUUUGGAUACCCUUUUCUGUGUGUAUCUGUAUAUUUAAGCGGCUGUUGCAUUCUAAAGUCCUGAGGCAUGGUAUUAACAAGUUAAGUCUGAAUCUUGAGCAGAC